GCCAGUGGCCUUGGGAAGAGCCUGGACAUCCUGGGGCCACAUUUCUAGGCAGGCAGGGUCCGCCCAGGCUCGGGAGGAAAGCGGGCCCAGACCACAGACAGCGCUGGACACUCGGCUCUGCGGGGCGGCCCCCACGCCAGGUCCAAGACCCCCUCCUCGCCGCAUCUUCCCCUGUGGGCCACAGAUGCUCUUCCGCAGCCGAACGGCGGCGCGGCCCUUGCUGCUCAGCCACUCUCCCCACACUGAGGCCUAGGACUCCCCACACCCCCGGCGCAGCCCCUAGGCCCCCGCCUUGCUGCGCGGCCCUCGCCCUUCGCACCAACCCCACCCCUCACCCCUCACCCCGGGACCCCGCAAAGUCCCCCUCGCCCUCGGCUGGCUCUGGGCCCUCCCGGCCCCCGCCUCCGGCGCAGCCCCCUUGCCACCCCCGCUUCCCUCGCCGCUCAGGCCCCCUCCCCCCGCCGCCCCCGCCCCCGGGGAAGGCAGGCGCCGAGCGGAGCCGGGGCCGAUGCAGCUGAGCCGCGCCGCCGCCGCCGCCGCCGCCGCCGCCCCUGCGGAGCCCUCGGCGCCGCUGUCCCCCGUGCCGGCCCCGGCCCCCCCCGGCCCCCUCCCGCGCAGCGCGGCCGACGGGGCUCCGGUGGGGGGGCAGGGGGGGCCGGGGCGCCGCGAGGAGCCCCGGGGCGCCCAGCUCCCGGCCGCGAGCGGCCACGGCCGGGGCGCGGGGAUGGACGGCCCCGGGGCCAGCGCCGUGAUCGUGCGCGUCGGCAUCCCGGACCUUCAGCAGACGAAGUGCCUGCGCCUGGACCCGGCCGCGCCGGUGUGGGCAGCCAAGCAGCGCGUGCUCUGCGCCCUCAACCACAGCCUCCAGGACGCGCUCAACUACGGGCUCUUUCAGCCGCCCUCCCGGGGCCGCGCGGGCAAGUUCCUGGACGAAGAGCGGCUCCUGCAGGAAUACCCGCCCAACCUGGACACGCCCCUGCCCUACCUGGAGUUUCGAUACAAGCGGCGAGUUUAUGCCCAGAACCUCAUUGAUGAUAAGCAGUUUGCAAAGCUUCACACAAAGGCGAACCUGAAGAAGUUUAUGGAAUACGUCCAGCUGCACAACACGGAAAAGGUGGCACGCCUGCUGGACAAGGGGCUGGACCCCAAUUUCCACGAUCCUGACUCAGGAGAGUGUCCUCUGAGCCUUGCGGCCCAGCUAGACGAUGCCACAGACCUGCUGAAGGUGCUGAGGAACGGCGGCGCUCACCUGGACUUCCGCACCCGCGACGGGCUCACCGCCGUGCACUGUGCCGCGCGCCAGCGGAAUGCGGCGGCCUUGACGACCCUGCUGGACCUGGGCGCUUCCCCUGACUACAAGGACAGCCGCGGCCUGACGCCCUUGUACCACAGCGCCCUGGGUGGGGGGGACGCCCUCUGCUGUGAGCUGCUCCUGCACGACCAUGCUCAGCUGGGGACCAGCGACGAGAACGGCUGGCAGGAGGUCCACCAGGCCUGCCGCUUUGGGCACGUGCAGCACCUGGAGCACCUGCUGUUCUACGGAGCCAACAUGGGGGCCCAGAACGCCUCGGGGAACACAGCCCUGCACAUCUGCGCCCUCUACAACCAGGAGAGCUGUGCCCGCGUCCUGCUUUUCCGUGGAGCCAGUAAGGAUGUCCGCAAUUAUAACAGCCAGACAGCCUUCCAGGUGGCCAUCAUAGCAGGGAACUUUGAGCUUGCGGAGGUCAUCAAGACUCACAAAGAUUCGGAUGUUGUACCAUUCAGGGAAACCCCCAGCUAUGCGAAGCGGCGGCGGCUGGCUGGCCCUAGCGGCCUUGCCUCUCCUCGGCCCCUGCAGCGCUCAGCCAGUGACAUCAACCUGAAGGGUGAGGUGCAGCCAGCAGCUUCUCCUGGACCUUCACUGCGAAGCCUCCCCCACCAGCUGCUGCUGCAGCGGCUGCAGGAAGAGAAAGGCCGGGACCGGGAUGGCGACCAGCAGAGUGACGGCAGUGGCCCCGCAGCAGGCAGGGGCAGCCAGAGUAAGAUCAGCCCGAGCGGUCCCGGCGGCCCCGGCCCCGCGCCCGGCCCUGGCCCGGCGCCCCCCGCGGCCCCCGCGCCGCCGCCCCGGGGCCCGAAGCGGAAACUUUACAGCGCCGUCCCCGGCCGCAAGUUCAUCGCCGUGAAGGCGCACAGCCCGCAGGGCGAGGGCGAGAUCCCGCUGCACCGCGGCGAGGCCGUGAAGGUGCUCAGCAUUGGGGAGGGCGGUUUUUGGGAGGGGACCGUGAAAGGCCGCACGGGCUGGUUCCCGGCUGACUGCGUGGAGGAGGUGCAGAUGAGACAGUAUGACACGCGGCACGAAACCCGGGAGGACCGGACGAAGCGACUUUUCCGCCACUACACGGUGGGCUCCUAUGACAGCCUCUCUGCACACAGCGAUUAUGUCAUUGACGACAAGGUGGCCGUCCUGCAGAAACGGGACCACGAAGGCUUUGGUUUUGUGCUCCGGGGGGCCAAAGCAGAGACCCCCAUCGAGGAGUUCACGCCCACGCCGGCCUUCCCGGCGCUUCAGUAUCUCGAGUCGGUGGACGUGGAGGGCGUGGCCUGGAGGGCCGGGCUGCGCACGGGGGACUUCCUAAUCGAGGUGAAUGGAGUGAACGUGGUGAAGGUCGGGCACAAGCAGGUGGUGGCUCUGAUCCGCCAGGGCGGGAACCGCCUCGUCAUGAAGGUGGUGUCAGUGACAAGGAAGCCUGAAGAAGAUGGGGCUCGGCGCAGAGCCCCGCCGCCCCCUAAGAGGGCCCCCAGUACCACGCUGACCCUGCGCUCCAAGUCCAUGACGGCGGAGCUUGAGGAGCUUGAGAAGCUGGACGAGAUCCUGGCAGCCGCCACGGAGCCGGCGCUGAGGCCAGACAUCGCGGAUGCUGACUCGAGAGCUGCCACCGUCAAGCAGCGGCCCACCAGUCGCAGGAUCACCCCUGCUGAGAUCAGCUCACUGUUUGAGCGCCAGGGCCUCCCAGGCCCAGAGAAGCUGCCAGGCUCCCUGCGGAAGGGGAUUCCACGGACCAAGUCUGUAGGGGAAGAUGAGAAGCUGGCGUCCUUGCUGGAGGGGCGCUUCCCGAGGAGCACGUCGAUGCAGGAUUCAGUGCGCGAGGGCCGAGGCAUCCCGCCCCCGCCGCAGACCGCACCUCCGCCCCCGCCCGCACCCUACUACUUCGACUCCGGGCCGCCCCCCGCCUUCUCGCCGCCGCCUCCGCCGGGCCGCGCCUACGACACCGUGCGCUCCAGCUUCAAACCCGGCCUGGAGGCGCGCCUGGGUGCGGGCGCCCCGGGCCUGUAUGAUGCCAGCGCGGCCCUGGGGCCGCUGCCCUACCCGGAACGGCAGAAGCGCGCGCGCUCCAUGAUCAUCCUUCAGGACUCGGCGCCCGAGGCAGGCGACGUCCCCCGGCCCCCGCCAGCGGCCACCCCGCCGGAGCGCCCGAAGCGUCGGCCGCGGCCGCCCGGCCCCGACAGCCCUUACGCCAACCUGGGCGCCUUCAGCGCCAGCCUCUUCGCGCCGUCCAAACCUCAGCGCCGCAAAAGCCCGCUGGUGAAGCAGCUGCAGGUGGAGGAUGCGCAGGAGCGCGCGGCCCUGGCCGUGGGCAGCCCUGGCCCGGCGGGCGGCAGCUUCGCCCGGGAACCCUCCCCGACACACCGCGGGCCUCGGCCGAGCGGCCUCGACUACGGCCCCGGAGACGGGCCCGGGCUCGCGUUCGGCGGCGCGGCCCCAGGCAAGGACCGGCGGCUGGAGGAGCGGCGGCGCUCCACCGUCUUCCUGUCUGUGGGCGCCGUCGAGAGCAGCCCUCCCAGCGCAGACCUGCCCUCCCUGCAGCCCUCCCGCUCCAUUGACGAGCGCCUGCUGGGGCCCGGCGCCACCACCGGCCGUGACCUGCUGCUGCCCUCCCCUGUCUCCGCUCUGAAGCCAUUGGUCAGCGGCCCGAGCCUUGGGCCUUCGGGCUCCACCUUCAUCCACCCGCUCACCGGCAAACCCCUGGACCCCAGCUCACCCCUGGCCCUCGCCCUGGCUGCCCGGGAGCGGGCUCUGGCCUCCCAGGCGCCCUCCCGUUCCCCCACACCUGUGCACAGCCCUGACACCGAGCGCCCUGGGCCCUUGUUUGUGGACGUGCAGGCUCGUGACACCGAGCGAGGGCCCCUGGCCUCCCCAGCCUUCUCCCCGAGGAGCCCAGCCUGGGUUCCUGUGCCUGCUCGCAGGGAAGCCGAGAAGGCCCCCCGGGAGGAGCGGAAGUCGCCGGAGGACAAGAAGUCCAUGAUCCUGAGCGUCCUGGACACAUCCCUGCAGCGGCCAGCCGGCCUCAUCGUCGUGCACGCCACCAGCAACGGGCAGGAGCCCAGCGGGCUGGGGGCCGAAGAGGAGCGCCCGGGCACCCCAGAGCUGGCCCCGGCCCCCACGCAGUCGGCUGUGGUGGCAGAGCCCCUGCCUAGCCCCCGGGCCCAGCCCCCGGGCAGUACCCCAGCAGACGCCGGGCUGGGCCAGGGCAGCUCAGAGGAGGAGCCAGAGCUGGUAUUCGCCGUGAACCUGCCGCCGGCCCAGCUGUCCUCCAGCGAUGAGGAGACCAGAGAGGAGCUGGCCCGCAUCGGACUCGUGCCGCCUCCUGAAGAGUUUGCCAAUGGGGUCCUGCUGGCCACCCCGCUCCCUGGCCCAGGUCCCUCGCCCGCCACGCUGCCAGGCCCGGCCUCAGGGAAGCCGAGCAGCGAGCCGCCCCCUGCCCCUGAGUCCGCAGCGGAUUCGGGGGUGGAGGAGGCCGACACGCGCAGCUCCAGCGACCCGCACCUGGAGACCACGAGCACCGUCUCCACAGUGUCCAGCAUGUCCACCCUGAGCUCGGAGAGCGGGGAACUCACCGACACCCACACCUCCUUCGCCGAUGGACAUACUUUUCUACUCGAGAAGCCACCAGUGCCUCCCAAGCCCAAGCUCAAGUCCCCGCUGGGGAAGGGGCCGGUGACCUUCAGGGACCCGCUGCUGAAGCAGUCCUCGGACAGCGAGCUCAUGGCCCAGCAGCAUCACGCCGCCUCCGCCGGCUUGGCCUCUGCUGCCGGGCCUGCUCGCCCUCGCUACCUCUUCCAGAGAAGGUCCAAGCUGUGGGGGGACCCCGUGGAGAGCCGGGGGCUCCCCGGGCCCGAAGACGACAAACCAACUGUGAUCAGUGAGCUCAGCUCCCGCCUGCAACAGCUGAACAAAGACACCCGCUCCCUGGGGGAGGAGCCAGUUGGCGGCCUGGGCGGCCUGCUGGACCCUGCCAAGAAGUCGCCCAUCGCGGCAGCUCGCUGCGCGGUGGUCCCGAGCGCCGGCUGUGUAAGUGAGCAUGCCCAUCCCAUGCCUCUCACUGUCCGUGCGCUGCACCUGCCCGCCUGGAUCUCUGCUCUGCGUGGCUUCAUGGGGCUUUGGUGCCACUGACGGCCCCAUGAGGCUUCCCGUGGUGGCCACAGUAGGGGAUAGGGAAAGAAACGGGGUGGAGGUGGCAUGGGAUCUAGGAGUGGGUUUUCUCUGGAGGGGUCCCCCCAGCCAGGCUUCCCACCAUGGCCAUGCUGGGGGGCGUGGCGGGGCUGAAGGCCUGGGGUCCUCUCAGGUGAUGCUGGGAAGUGAAGACCCAUCUGUGUGUGUGUGUGUGUGUGUGUGUGCGCGUGCACAUGUGCUGCUGUGUCACUGUCAUGAGCAGGCCACUGCCACUCCUGCCACUGCUGCAUGUAUGUAACACACGUGGGUGCUCCUGCUGCUGCUGUGUGCGCUCCUGUGCGGGGAGGCCGCAUGUCGUGAGUGUGUCGCUGCCUCACGCCUGUCCUGCACGUGCCGCUGCUCCGUGUGGGUGUGAACGCCGCCUCGUGUCUGUCUCAGACCUCAUGGACUUGUUCAGUCUUGUGCUGCCACCAGCCUUGAUCACGACUCAGCCAGCCCUGCAGCCAGCCCAGGUCUUUCUGGGUCUCCUCAUGAUGACAGAGGGCGAAGUGGUGUGUGGGAGAAGUGGUGAGGGGUCUUGCCAGAGUCUUCCUCUCCAGGGUGUGGGUGGACGGGGCAGUGUCCAGAGCCGGUGUCCCGGGCUGUCAGAAAUGCGGUGGGAAGCCCUUUGCCCCAGCGGCUGUCUUUCCUCCGGCAGCCUGCUCUUGGAGCCCGCAAAGAGUGGAGGGGGCCAGGGGUUUUACUCCUCACCGUCCGUUCAGUCUAGGGCCCCCCCUCCCCCAGCAGGGCACCGGCUCUGACUCUGAGGACCAGGCCAGAGUAACCACAGGACCCUACCCUCCUUUCUUCCUCUGGCCCUAAGGCUACCCACCGAGUCCCAGGCCGCCCCCUCCCGCCCCCGCCCUCCCAGAGUCCUCCUGGCCGCUGGCCCCCGCCCCUCCGCCUACCCCCACCUCGCCUAGUGCCCCUCACCUGGCCUUGACCCCCUCUCCC